GAUGUAUGAUCGAUCGUGGAUGCUUGGUGACUGUGUUGUGAUCCUUGGAGCAAUUAAGCUCGAGGUGGGUUCGAGCGAUGGCGUAAGCAAUCACAAAUCCACUCAGUGACUCACACUCGGACUCAUCGCAGAUUCGUGAUUGUCAAUCGUCGCGAUAACUGUAGAUGCUCGGACCGACGCUUGCCCACCCCUCCAAGCUGUACACCAUCACCGCGCACUUCACCCUGACACAUGCCCGGCUCGACAUACAUGUCUUUCCAUUCCUUGACUUCUCGAGUGCUGCACACGCUCCCAUCCGCUUCCCAUCCCCUAGCUACAUCGUCGACGGCAUUCACAACCUUCGCUCGCGCUUCGCAUAACCACCUUCGCACAAGACUCUUGCACACAUCCCGCAUCAACAUGGCGCCUCAAAGGGUCAAGGUAGCCAGCAGCGAUGCUGCGCCCAAGCCUGGGCAGCACAAGGCUUUCGAUUUUGCCGGCGAGGGUGACGACAAGGUGCAAGUACUCGUCACCAACGUAGGGGGCAAGCUGAGAGCGCUGUCGAACAAGUGCACCCACUAUGGCGCUCCCAUGUCGAAUGGCGUCAUGAGCAAAGACGGAUGCUUGACUUGCCCGUGGCACGGCGCCAGAUUCGGCGCGGAUGGAGACAUCGAAGAGGCCCCUGGAUUGGACUCUCUCGUGCAGUUCAAAAUCGAGCAGGAUGGCAACGGAGAUGUGUACGUGACGGCAGAUGCAGCACAGCUCAAGGGCAAGCCUGGCGUACCUCCCGAGUUUGUGGGCAAGGAGGGAGCGCAAGAUGGAGCUGGCGUGGUGAUCGUGGGCGGAGGAGCAGCAGCGAUCCAUCUGGUGGAGAGCGCACGCAAGAAUGGCUACACUGGACCCCUCACCAUCCUCUCGGCUGAGCCGUAUGCUCCAAUCGACCGAACAAAGCUCUCCAAGGCUCUGAUGGCCGAUGUGGGCGCGGUGGAGUGGCGCAAGCCUGCACAUCUGGAGCGAGUCCUCAAGGUCAACCUCCGCACCAGCACAGAGGUGACGGGUGUUGAUGUUGAUGGGAAAAAGGUGAAGCUGGGCAGCGGCGAGACUGUGCCUUUUGACAAGCUGGUCUUGGCUACGGGUGGUACCCCCAAGCGCUUGCCAGUGCCCGGAGCAAAGGAGGGCGAGCUUGCAAACGUAUUUACAUUGCGCAGCAUCCAGGACACCAAGCCCAUCAAUGAUGCCGGCAUCGAGGGCAAAGACGUGGUGGUCAUUGGUUCCUCCUUCAUCGGCCUAGAGUCCGCCGUCGCUUUUGCGGGCAAAAAGGCAAAGAGCGUCAAUGUGGUGGGCAUGGAGAGCGUGCCAUUGGAAAAUGUGCUGGGCAAGCAGGUAGGAGAGGGUCUUCAAACCGCGCUAGCCAAGAAGCAGAACCUCAUCUUUCACAUGAAAGCUGGCGUGAGCAAGUUGGAGGGCAAGGAUGGCAAGGUGGCGAGCGUGAUCAUCAAGGAUUCUUCAGGACAGGAAAAGUCUUUGCCUGCUCAGAUCGUCUUGCUUGGGGUGGGCGUAGCGCCUGCUACGCAAUUCCUCAAGCCCGAAUCGUCUCCUGGCUUUCCCCAGCUUGGCAAGGACGGCAGUGUGGCUGUGGGUUCAGACUUUGCCGUCAAGGGUCUCGAAGGCAAGGGAAUCUAUGCAGCUGGAGACAUUGCCAGGACACCGGAGCGGACGAAUGGUGGAGAAGUGCGCAUCGAGCACUGGGACGUGGCAGGCAAUCAUGGACGCUUCCUUGGCCAGCUCUUUUCUGGAAGCGCCAACCCGGGCAAAUUCGACAAGAUUCCAAUCUUUUGGUCGGCAUUGGGCGCGCAACUACGCUACUGCAGCGAUGGAAACACGCCCUCUUUCGAUUCGGUCCACGUCGAUGGCGAUGUGGCGGAGAAUUCGUUCAUUGCGACGUAUGCGCGCGGUGAUUCUGUCGUGGCGAUCGCUACGAUGGGGAGGGAUCCAGUCAUGGUGCAAUCUGCCGAGCUGCUGAAGAUCGGAAAGAUGCCGUCCUUUUCGGAUGUCAAGAGUGGCAAGGACCUUUUGAGCAUCAGUCUGUCCUGACGCACUCGUCGCCUUUUCUCUUCUUGCCUAUUUUGCGCUUCAUCAAUUUCGUAUACGCACGCAGCCCCUUCCCCUCUUGUCUGCCGUCGAUGCGCCCGCAGUCAGAUCAGCGCAACUAUGAGGGCAGAUAGUUAGAAGUCCAUGCCGUGUAAAA